AUGAAUUUUUAUUACGCCAAGCAACCCUCCGAGUUCCCGAGCCUGCGUUUGGGCCAGCGGGUUUUAAACGCCCAUAACGCCCAUAACUCCUGCCGAACAGGGCCCGGAUUGGGAGUGGGAUUCGGAUUCGGAUUGGGAUUCGGAUUGGGGGGAAUUGGGAUUGGGAUUGGGAUUGGGAUUGGCUGCGGGAUUGGGAUUGGGAUUGGCUGCGGGAUUGGGAUUGGGAUUGGGAUUGGGAUUGGCUGCGGGAUUGGGAUUGGGAUUGGGAUUGGCUGCGGGAUUGGGAUUGGGAUUGGGAUUGGGAUUGGGAUUGGGAUUGGGAUUGGCUGCGGGAUUGGGAUUGGGAUUGGGAUUGGCUGCGGGAUUGGGAUUGGGAUUGGGAUUGGCUGCGGGAUUGGGAUUGGGAUUGGGAUUGGGAUUGGCUGCGGGAUUGGGAUUGGGAUUGGAAUCGGGAUUGGAUGCGGGAUUGGGAUUGGGAUUGGGAUUGGGAUUGGGAUUGGGAUUGGGAUUGGGAUUGGGAUUGGCUGCGGGAUUGGGAUUGGGAUUGGGAUUGGGAUUGGCUGCGGGAUUGGGAUUGGGAUUGGCUGCGGGAUUGGGAUUGGGAUUGGGAUUGGGAUUGGGAUUGGGAUUGGCUGCGGGAUUGGGAUUGGGAUUGGCUGCGGGAUUGGGAUUGGGAUUGGGAUUGGGAUUGGGAUUGGGAUUGGGAUUGGGAUUGGCUGCGGGAUUGGGAUUGGCUGCGGGAUUGGGAUUGGGAUUGGGAUUCGGAUUAGGUUUGGGAUUCGGAUUGGGAUUGGGAUUGGGAUUGGGAUUGGGAUUGGGAUUGGGAUUGGGAUUGGGAUUGGGAUUGGGAUUCGGAUUCGGAUUCGGAUUCGGAUUGGGAUUGGGAUUCGGAUUCGGAUUGGGAUUGGGAUUGGGAUUAAGAUUGGGAUUGGGAUUGGGAUUGGGAUUGGGAUUGGGAUUGGGAUUGGGAUUGGGAUUGGGAUUGGCUGCGGGAUUGGGAUUGGCUGCGGGAUUGGGAUUGGGAUUGGCUGCGGGAUUGGGAUUGGGAUUGGGAUUGGGAUUGGGAUUGGGAUUGGGAUUGGCUGCGGGAUUGGGAUUGGGAUUGGCUGCGGGAUUGGGAUUGGGAUUGGGAUUGGGAUUGGGAUUGGCUGCGGGAUUGGGAUUGGGAUUGGGAUUGGGAUUGGCUGCGGGAUUGGGAUUGGGAUUGGGAUUGGCUGCGGGAUUGGGAUUGGGAUUGGGAUUGGGAUUGGCUGCGGGAUUGGGAUUGGGAUUGGGAUUGGGAUUGGGAUUGGGAUUGGGAUUGGCUGCGGGAUUGGCUGCGGGAUUGGGAUUGGGAUUGGGAUUGGGAUUGGGAUUGGGAUUGGGAUUGGCUGCGGGAUUGGGAUUGGGAUUGGGAUUGGCUGCGGGAUUGGGAUUGGGAUUGGGAUUAACUGCGGGAUUGGGAUUGGGAUUGGGAUUGGGAUUGGCUGCGGGAUUGGGAUUGGGAUUGGGAUUGGCUGCGGGAUUGGGAUUGGGAUUGGGAUUAACUGCGGGAUUGGGAUUGGGAUUGGGAUUGGGAUUGGCUGCGGGAUUGGGAUUGGGAUUGGGAUUGGCUGCGGGAUUGGGAUUGGGAUUGGGAUUGGGAUUGGCUGCGGGAUUGGGAUUGGGAUUGGCUGUGGGAUUGGGAUUGGGAUUGGGAUUCGGAUUUGGAUUCGGAUUCGGAUUGGGAUUGGGAUUGGGAUUGGCUGCGGGAUUGGGAUUGGGAUUGGGAUUGGGAUUGGGAUUGGCUGCGGGAUUGGGAUUGGGAUUGGGAUUGGCUGCGGGAUUGGGAUUGGGAUUGGGAUUGGGGUUGAAUGCGGGAUUGGGAUUGGGAUUGGGAUUGGGAUUGGCUGCGGGAUUGGGAUUGGGAUUGGGAUUGGGAUUGGCUGCGGGAUUGGGAUUGGGAUUGGCGGCGGGAUUGGGAUUGGGAUUGGGAUUGGGAUUGGGAUUGGGAUUGGGAUUGCGUUUGGGAUUGGGAUUGGGAUUGGGAUUGGGAUUGGGAUUGGGAUUGGGAUUGGCUGCGGGAUUGGGAUUGGGAUUGGGAUUGGGAUUGGCUGCGGGAUUGGGAUUGGGAUUGGGAUUGGCUGCGGGAUUGGGAUUGGGAUUGGCUGCGGGAUUGGGAUUGGGAUUGGGAUUGGGAUUGGCUGCGGGAUUGGGAUUGGGAUUGGGAUUGGCUGCGGGAUUGGGAUUGGGAUUGGGAUUGGGAUUGGGAUUGGGAUUGGGAUUGGGAUUGGGAUUGGGAUUAAGAUUGGGAUUGGGAUUGGGAUUGGGAUUGGGAUUGGGAUUGGGAUUGGGAUUGGGAUUGGGAUUGGCUGCGGGAUUGGGAUUGGCUGCGGGAUUGGGAUUGGGAUUGGCUGCGGGAUUGGGAUUGGGAUUGGCUGCGGGAUUGGGAUUGGGAUUGGGAUUGGCUGCGGGAUUGGGAUUGGGAUUGGGAUUGGGAUUGGCUGCGGGAUUGGGAUUGGGAUUGGGAUUGGCUGCGGGAUUGGGAUUGGGAUUGGGAUUGGGAUUGGCUGCGGGAUUGGGAUUGGGAUUGGGAUUGGGAUUGGGAUUGGGAUUGGGAUUGGGAUUGGGAUUGGCUGCGGGAUUGGGAUUGGGAUUGGGAUUGGGAUUGGGAUUGGGAUUGGGAUUGGGAUUGGCUGCGGGAUUGGGAUUGGGAUUGGGAUUGGCUGCGGGAUUGGGAUUGGGAUUGGGAUUAACUGCGGGAUUGGGAUUGGGAUUGGGAUUGGGAUUGGCUGCGGGAUUGGCUGCGGGAUUGGGAUUGGGAUUGGGAUUGGCUGCGGGAUUGGGAUUGGGAUUGGGAUUAACUGCGGGAUUGGGAUUGGGAUUGGGAUUGGGAUUGGCUGCGGGAUUGGGAUUGGGAUUGGGAUUGGCUGCGGGAUUGGGAUUGGGAUUGGGAUUGGGAUUGGCUGCGGGAUUGGGAUUGGGAUUGGCUGUGGGAUUGGGAUUGGGAUUGGGAUUCGGAUUUGGAUUCGGAUUCGGAUUGGGAUUGGGAUUGGGAUUGGCUGCGGGAUUGGGAUUGGGAUUGGGAUUGGGAUUGGGAUUGGCUGCGGGAUUGGGAUUGGGAUUGGGAUUGGCUGCGGGAUUGGGAUUGGGAUUGGGAUUGGGAUUGGCUGCGGGAUUGGGAUUGGGAUUGGGAUUGGGAUUGGCUGCGGGAUUGGGAUUGGGAUUGGGAUUGGGAUUGGCUGCGGGAUUGGGAUUGGGAUUGGCGGCGGGAUUGGGAUUGGGAUUGGGAUUGGGAUUGGGAUUGGGAUUGGGAUUGCGUUUGGGAUUGGGAUUGGGAUUGGGAUUGGGAUUGGGAUUGGGAUUGGGAUUGGCUGCGGGAUUGGGAUUGGGAUUGGGAUUGGGAUUGGCUGCGGGAUUGGGAUUGGGAUUGGGAUUGGCUGCGGGAUUGGGAUUGGGAUUGGCUGCGGGAUUGGGAUUGGGAUUGGGAUUGGGAUUGGCUGCGGGAUUGGGAUUGGGAUUGGGAUUGGCUGCGGGAUUGGGAUUGGGAUUGGGAUUGGGAUUGGGAUUGGGAUUGGGAUUGGCUGCGGGAUUGGGAUUGGGAUUGGGAUUGGCUGCGGGAUUGGGAUUGGGAUUGGGAUUGGGAUUGGCUGCGGGAUUGGGAUUGGGAUUGGGAUUGGGAUUGGCUGCGGGAUUGGGAUUGGGAUUGGGAUUGGGAUUGGCUGCGGGAUUGGGAUUGGGAUUGGGAUUGGGAUUGGCUGCGGGAUUGGGAUUGGGAUUGGGAUUGGGAUUGGGAUUGGGAUUGGGAUUGGGAUUGGGAUUGGGAUUGGGAUUGGCUGCGGGAUUGGGAUUGGGAUUGGGAUUGUCAUUGGCUGCGGGAUUGGGAUUGGGAUUGGGAUUGGCUGCGGGAUUGGGAUUGGGAUUGGGAUUGGGAUUGGCUGCGGGAUUGGGAUUGGGAUUGGCUGCGGGAUUGGGAUUGGGAUUGGGAUUGGGAUUGGCUGCGGGAUUGGGAUUGGGAUUGGCUGCGGGAUUGGGAUUGGGAUUGGGAUUGGGAUUGGGAUUGGGAUUGGGAUUGGGAUUGGCUGCGGGAUUGGGAUUGGGAUUGGGAUUGGCUGCGGGAUUGGGAUUGGGAUUGGGAUUGGAGUUGGCUGCGGGAUUGGGAUUGGGAUUGGGAUUGGGAUUGGCUGCGGGAUUGGGAUUGGGAUUGGCUGCGGGAUUGGGAUUGGGAUUGGCUGCGGGAUUGGGAUUGGGAUUGGGAUUGGCUGCGGGAUUGGGAUUGGGAUUGGGAUUGGGAUUGGCUGCGGGAUUGGGAUUGGGAUUGGGAUUGGCUGCGGGAUUGGGAUUGGGAUUGGGAUUGGGAUUGGCUGCGGGAUUGGGAUUGGGAUUGGGAUUGGGAUUGGGAUUGGGAUUGGGAUUGGGAUUGGGAUUGGCUGCGGGAUUGGGAUUGGGAUUGGGAUUGGGAUUGGGAUUGGGAUUGGGAUUGGCUGCGGGAUUGGGAUUGGGAUUGGGAUUGGCUGCGGGAUUGGGAUUGGGAUUGGGAUUGGCUGCGGGAUUGGGAUUGGGAUUGGGAUUAACUGCGGGAUUGGGAUUGGGAUUGGGAUUGGGAUUGGCUGCGGGAUUGGGAUUGGGAUUGGCUGCGGGAUUGGGAUUGGGAUUGGGAUUGGGAUUGGGAUUGGCUGCGGGAUUGGGAUUGGGAUUGGGAUUGGGAUUGGCUGCGGGAUUGGGAUUGGGAUUGGGAUUGGGAUUGGGAUUGGGAUUGGGAUUGGGAUUGGGAUUGGCUGCGGGAUUGGGAUUGGGAUUGGGAUUGGGAUUGGGAUUGGGAUUGGCUGCGGGAUUGGGAUUGGGAUUGGGAUUGGGAUUGGGAUUGGCUGCGGGAUUGGGAUUGGGAUUGGGAUUGGGAUUGGGAUUGGCUGCGGGAUUGGGAUUGGGAUUGGGAUUAACUGCGGGAUUGGGAUUGGGAUUGGGAUUGGGAUUGGCUGCGGGAUUGGGAUUGGGAUUGGGAUUGGCUGCGGGAUUGGGAUUGGGAUUGGGAUUGGGAUUGGCUGCGGGAUUGGGAUUGGGAUUGGCUGCGGGAUUGGGAUUGGGAUUGGGAUUCGGAUUCGGAUUCGGAUUGGGAUUGGGAUUGGGAUUGGCUGCGGGAUUGGGAUUGGGAUUGGGAUUGGGAUUGGGAUUGGGAUUGGCUGCGGGAUUGGGAUUGGGAUUGGGAUUGGCUGCGGGAUUGGGAUUGGGAUUGGGAUUGGGAUUGGCUGCGGGAUUGGGAUUGGGAUUGGGAUUGGGAUUGGCUGCGGGAUUGGGAUUGGGAUUGGGAUUGGGAUUGGCUGCGGGAUUGGGAUUGGGAUUGGCUGCGGGAUUGGGAUGUGGAUUGGGAUUGGGAUUGGGAUUGGGAUUGGGAUUGCGUUUGGGAUUGGGAUUGGGAUUGGGAUUGGGAUUGGGAUUGGGAUUGGCUGCGGGAUUGGGAUUGGGAUUGGGAUUGGGAUUGGCUGCGGGAUUGGGAUUGGGAUUGGGAUUGGGAUUGGGAUUGGGAUUGGCUGCGGGAUUGGGAUUGGGAUUGGGAUUGGCUGCGGGAUUGGGAUUGGGAUUGGCUGCGGGAUUGGGAUUGGGAUUGGGAUUGGGAUUGGCUGCGGGAUUGGGAUUGGGAUUGGGAUUGGCUGCGGGAUUGGGAUUGGGAUUGGGAUUGGGAUUGGGAUUGGGAUUGGGAUUGGGAUUGGCUGCGGGAUUGGGAUUGGGAUUGGGAUUGGCUGCGGGAUUGGGAUUGGGAUUGGGAUUGGGAUUGGCUGCGGGAUUGGGAUUGGGAUUGGGAUUGGGAUUGGCUGCGGGAUUGGGAUUGGGAUUGGGAUUGGGAUUGGCUGCGGGAUUGGGAUUGGGAUUGGGAUUGGGAUUGGCUGCGGGAUUGGGAUUGGGAUUGGGAUUGGGAUUGGCUGCGGGAUUGGGAUUGGGAUUGGGAUUGGGAUUGGCUGCGGGAUUGGGAUUGGGAUUGGCUGCGGGAUUGGGAUUGGGAUUGGGAUUGGGAUUGGCUGCGGGAUUGGGAUUGGGAUUGGCUGCGGGAUUGGGAUUGGGAUUGGCUGCGGGAUUGGGAUUGGGAUUGGGAUUGGGAUUGGGAUUGGGAUUGGGAUUGGGAUUGGCUGCGGGAUUGGGAUUGGCUGCGGGAUUGGGAUUGGGAUUGGGAUUCGGAUUAGGAUUGGGAUUCGGAUUUGGAUUGGGAUUGGGAUUGGGAUUGGGAUUGGGAUUCGGAUUCGGAUUCGGAUUCGGAUUCGGAUUCGGAUUCGGAUUCGGAUUGGGAUUCGGAUUCGGAUUGGGAUUGGGAUUGGGAUUAAGAUUGGGAUUGGGAUUGGGAUUGGGAUUGGGAUUGGGAUUGGGAUUGGCUGCGGGAUUGGGAUUGGCUGCGGGAUUGGGAUUGGGAUUGGCUGCGGGAUUGGGAUUGGGAUUGGGAUUGGGAUUGGGAUUGGGAUUGGCUGCGGGAUUGGGAUUGGGAUUGGGAUUAACUGCGGGAUUGGGAUUGGGAUUGGGAUUGGGAUUGGCUGCGGGAUUGGGAUUGGGAUUGGGAUUGGCUGCGGGAUUGGGAUUGGGAUUGGGAUUGGGAUUGGGAUUGGGAUUGGGAUUGGGAUUGGGAUUGGGAUUGGCUGCGGGAUUGGGAUUGGGAUUGGGAUUGGGAUUGGGAUUGGGAUUGGGAUUGGCUGCGGGAUUGGGAUUGGGAUUGGGAUUGGGAUUGGGAUUGGGAUUGGCUGCGGGAUUGGGAUUGGGAUUGGGAUUGGGAUUGGCUGCGGGAUUGGGAUUGGGAUUGGGAUUAACUGCGGGAUUGGGAUUGGGAUUGGGAUUGGGAUUGGCUGCGGGAUUGGGAUUGGGAUUGGGAUUGGGAUUGGCUGCGGGAUUGGGAUUGGGAUUGGCUGCGGGAUUGGGAUUGGGAUUGGGAUUGGGAUUGGGAUUGGGAUUGGGAUUGGGAUUGGGAUUGGGAUUGGGAUUGGCUGCGGGAUUGGGAUUGGGAUUGGGAUUGGGAUUGGCUGCGGGAUUGGGAUUGGGAUUGGGAUUGGCUGCGGGAUUGGGAUUGGGAUUGGCUGCGGGAUUGGGAUUGGGAUUGGGAUUGGGAUUGGCUGCGGGAUUGGGAUUGGGAUUGGGAUUGGGAUUGGCUGCGGGAUUGGGAUUGGGAUUGGGAUUGGGAUUGGGAUUGGCUGCGGGAUUGGGAUUGGGAUUGGGAUUGGCUGCGGGAUUGGGAUUGGGAUUGGGAUUGGGAUUGGCUGCGGGAUUGGGAUUGGGAUUGGGAUUGGCUGCGGGAUUGGGAUUGGGAUUGGGAUUGGGAUUGGCUGCGGGAUUGGGAUUGGGAUUGGCUGCGGGAUUGGGAUUGGGAUUGGCUGCGGGAUUGGGAUUGGGAUUGGGAUUGGGAUUGGGAUUGGGAUUGGGAUUGGGAUUGGGAUUGGCUGCGGGAUUGGGAUUGGGAUUGGGAUUGGGAUUGGGAUUGGGAUUGGGAUUGGCUGCGGGAUUGGGAUUGGGAUUGGGAUUGGGAUUGGGAUUGGGAUUGGCUGCGGGAUUGGGAUUGGGAUUGGGAUUGGGAUUGGGAUUGGCUGCGGGAUUGGGAUUGGGAUUAAGAUUGGGAUUGGCUGCGGGACUGGGAUUGGGAUUGGGAUUGGGAUUGGGAUUGGGAUUGGGAUUGGCUGCGGGAUUGGGAUUGGGAUUGGGAUUGGCUGCGGGAUUGGGAUUGGGAUUGGGAUUGGGAUUGGCUGCGGGAUUGGGAUUGGGAUUGGGAUUGGCUGCGGGAUUGGGAUUGGGAUUGGCUGCGGGAUUGGGAUUGGGAUUGGGAUUGGGAUUGGGAUUGGGAUUGGGAUUGGGAUUGGGAUUGGCUGCGGGAUUGGGAUUGGGAUUGGGAUUGGGAUUGGGAUUGGGAUUGGCUGCGGGAUUGGGAUUGGGAUUGGGAUUGGGAUUGGCUGCGGGAUUGGGAUUGGGAUUGGGAUUGGGAUUGGCUGCGGGAUUGGGAUUGGGAUUGGGAUUGGCUGCGGGAUUGGGAUUGGGAUUGGGAUUGGGAUUGGCUGCGGGAUUGGGAUUGGGAUUGGCUGCGGGAUUGGGAUUGGGAUUGGGAUUGGGAUUGGGAUUGGGAUUGGGAUUGGCUGCGGGAUUGGGAUUGGGAUUGGGAUUGGGAUUGGGAUUGGCUGCGGGAUUGGGAUUGGGAUUGGGAUUGGAAUUGGGAUUGGCUGCGGGAUUGGGAUUGGGAUUGGGAUUGGGAUUAAGAUUGGCUGCGGGAUUGGGAUUGGGAUUGGCUGCGGGAUUGGGAUUGGGAUUGGGAUUGGGAUUGGGAUUGGGAUUGGGAUUGGGAUUGGCUGCGGGAUUGGGAUUGGGAUUGGGAUUGGCUGCGGGAUUGGGAUUGGGAUUGGGAUUGGGAUUGGCUGCGGGAUUGGGAUUGGGAUUGGGAUUGGGAUUGGCUGCGGGAUUGGGAUUGGGAUUGGGAUUGGGAUUGAGAUUUGCUGUGGGAUUGGGAUUGGGAUUGGCUGCGGGAUUGGGAUUGGGAUUGGGAUUGGGAUUGGGAUUGGGAUUGGCUGCGGGAUUGGGAUUGGGAUUGGGAUUGGGAUUGGGAUUGGCUGCGGGAUUGGGAUUGGGAUUGGGAUUGGGAUUGGCUGCGGGAUUGGGAUUGGGAUUGGGAUUGGCUGCGGGAUUGGGAUUGGGAUUGGCUGCGGGAUUGGGAUUGGGAUUGGGAUUGGGAUUGGGAUUGGGAUUGGGAUUGGGAUUGGGAUUGGCUGCGGGAUUGGGAUUGGGAUUGGGAUUGGGAUUGGGAUUGGCUGCGGGAUUGGGAUUGGGAUUGGGAUUGGCUGCGGGAUUGGGAUUGGGAUUGGGAUUGGGAUUGGCUGCGGGAUUGGGAUUGGGAUUGGGAUUGGGAUUGGCUGCGGGAUUGGGAUUGGGAUUGGGAUUGGGAUUGGGAUUGGCUGCGGGAUUGGGAUUGGGAUUGGGAUUGGGAUUGGGAUUGGGAUUGGGAUUGGGAUUGGGAUUGGGAUUGGGAUUGGGAUUGGGAUUGGGAUUGGGAUUGGCUGCGGGAUUGGGAUUGGGAUUGGGAUUGGGAUUGGCUGCGGGAUUGGGAUUGGGAUUGGGAUUGGGAUUGGGAUUGGGAUUGGGAUUGGGAUUGGGAUUGGCUGCGGGAUUGGGAUUGGGAUUGGGAUUGGGAUUGGGAUUGGGAUUGGGAUUGGCUGCGGGAUUGGGAUUGGGAUUGGGAUUGGCUGCGGGAUUGGGAUUGGGAUUGGGAUUGGGAUUGGCUGCGGGAUUGGGAUUGGGAUUGGCUGCGGGAUUGGGAUUGGGAUUGGCUGCGGGAUUGGGAUUGGGAUUGGGAUUGGGAUUGGGAUUGGGAUUGGGAUUGGGAUUGGGAUUGGGAUUGGGAUUGGGAUUGGCUGCGGGAUUGGGAUUGGGAUUGGGAUUGGGAUUGGGAUUGGGAUUGGGAUUGGCUGCGGGAUUGGGAUUGGGAUUGGGAUUGGGAUUGGGAUUGGCUGCGGGAUUGGGAUUGGGAUUGGGAUUGGGAUUGGGAUUGGGAUUGGGAUUGGGAUUGGGAUUAAGAUUGGGAUUGGCUGCGGGAUUGGGAUUGGGAUUGGGAUUGGGAUUGGGAUUGGGAUUGGCUGCGGGAUUGGGAUUGGGAUUGGGAUUGGCUGCGGGAUUGGGAUUGGGAUUGGGAUUGGGAUUGGCUGCGGGAUUGGGAUUGGGAUUGGGAUUGGCUGCGGGAUUGGGAUUGGGAUUGGCUGCGGGAUUGGGAUUGGGAUUGGGAUUGGGAUUAGGAUUCGGAUUCGGAUUGGGAUUGGGAUUGGCUGCGGGAUUGGGAUUGGGAUUGGGAUUGGGAUUGGGAUUGGGAUUGGGAUUGGGAUUGGCUGCGGGAUUGGGAUUGGGAUUGGGAUUGGGAUUGGCUGCGGGAUUGGGAUUGGGAUUGGGAUUGGGAUUGGCUGCGGGAUUGGGAUUGGGAUUGGGAUUGGGAUUGGCUGCGGGAUUGGGAUUGGGAUUGGCUGCGGGAUUGGGAUUGGGAUUGGGAUUGGAUUCGGAUUCGGAUUCGGAUUGGGAUUGGGAUUGGGAUUGGCUGCGGGAUUGGGAUUGGGAUUGGGAUUGGGAUUGGGAUUGGGAUUGGCUGCGGGAUUGGGAUUGGGAUUGGGAUUGGCUGCGGGAUUGGGAUUGGGAUUGGCUGCGGGAUUGGGAUUGGGAUUGGGAUUGGGAUUGGGAUUGGGAUUGGCUGCGGGAUUGGGAUUGGGAUUGGCUGCGGGAUUGGGAUUGGGAUUGGCUGCGGGAUUGGGAUUGGGAUUGGGAUUGGGAUUGGGAUUGGGAUUGGGAUUGGCUGCGGGAUUGGGAUUGGGAUUGGGAUUGGGAUUGGGAUUGGGAUUGGGAUUGGGAUUGGGAUUGGGAUUGGCUGCGGGAUUGGGAUUGGGAUUGGGAUUGGGAUUGGGAUUGGCUGCGGGAUUGGGAUUGGGAUUGGGAUUGGGAUUGGGAUUGGCUGCGGGAUUGGGAUUGGGAUUGGGAUUGGGAUUGGGAUUGGCUGCGGGAUUGGGAUUGGGAUUGGGAUUGGCUGCGGGAUUGGGAUUGGGAUUGGGAUUGGGAUUGGCUGCGGGAUUGGGAUUGGGAUUGGCUGCGGGAUUGGGAUUGGGAUUGGGAUUGGGAUUGGGAUUGGGAUUGGGAUUGGGAUUGGGAUUGGGAUUGGCUGCGGGAUUGGGAUUGGGAUUGGGAUUGGGAUUGGGAUUGGGAUUGGCUGCGGGAUUGGGAUUGGGAUUGGCUGCGGGAUUGGGAUUGGGAUUGGGAUUGGGAUUGGCUGCGGGAUUGGGAUUGGGAUUGGGAUUGGGAUUGGCUGCGGGAUUGGGAUUGGGAUUGGGAUUGGGAUUGGCUGCGGGAUUGGGAUUGGGAUUGGCUGCGGGAUUGGGAUUGGGAUUGGGAUUGGGAUUGGGAUUGGGAUUGCGUUUGGGAUUGGGAUUGGGAUUGGGAUUGGGAUUGGGAUUGGCUGCGGGAUUGGGAUUGGGAUUGGGAUUGGGAUUGGGAUUGGCUGCGGGAUUGGGAUUGGGAUUGGGAUUGGCUGCGGGAUUGGGAUUGGGAUUGGGAUUGGCUGCGGGAUUGGGAUUGGGAUUGGGAUUGGGAUUGGCUGCGGGAUUGGGAUUGGGAUUGGGAUUGGCUGCGGGAUUGGGAUUGGGAUUGGGAUUGGGAUUGGCUGCGGGAUUGGGAUUGGGAUUGGCUGCGGGAUUGGGAUUGGGAUUGGCUGCGGGAUUGGGAUUGGGAUUGGGAUUGGGAUUGGGAUUGGGAUUGGGAUUCGGAUCGGGAUUGGGAUUGGGAUUGGCUGCGGGAUUGGGAUUGGGAUUGGGAUUGGGAUUGGGAUUGGGAUUGGGAUUGGCUGCGGGAUUGGGAUUGGGAUUGGGAUUGGGAUUGGGAUUGGGAUUGGGAUUGGGAUUGGGAUUGGCUGCGGGAUUGGGAUUGGGAUUGGGAUUGGCUGCGGGAUUGGGAUUGGGAUUAAGAUUGGGAUUGGCUGCGGGAUUGGGAUUGGGAUUGGGAUUGGGAUUGGGAUUGGGAUUGGGAUUGGGAUUGGGAUUGGGAUUGGCUGCGGGAUUGGGAUUGGGAUUGGGAUUGGCUGCGGGAUUGGGAUUGGGAUUGGGAUUGGCUGCGGGAUUGGGAUUGGGAUUGGGAUUGGCUGCGGGAUUGGGAUUGGGAUUGGCUGCGGGAUUGGGAUUGGGAUUGGGAUUGGGAUUGGGAUUGGGAUUGGGAUUGGGAUUGGCGGGCGGAUUGGGAUUGGGAUUGGGCUGGGAUUGGGAUUGGGAUUGGCUGCGGGAUUGGGAUUGGGAUUGGGAUUGGGAUUGGGAUUGGCUGCGGGAUUGGGAUUGGGAUUGGGAUUGGGAUUGGCUGCGGGAUUGGGAUUGGGAUUGGGAUUGGGAUUGGCUGCGGGAUUGGGAUUGGGAUUGGGAUUGGGAUUGGCUGCGGGAUUGGGAUUGGGAUUGGCUGCGGGAUUGGGAUUGGGAUUGGGAUUGGGAUUCGGAUUCGGAUUGGAUUGGGAUUGGGAUUGGCUGCGGGAUUGGGAUUGGGAUUGGGAUUGGGAUUGGGAUUGGCUGCGGGAUUGGGAUUGGGAUUGGGAUUGGAGCUUGGGGAUUGGGAUGGGGAUUGGGAUUGGCUGCGGGAUUGGGGAUUGGCUUGGCCUGCGGGGAUUGGGAUUGGGAUUGGGAUUGGGAUUGGGAUUGCGUUUGGGAUUGGGGAUGGGAUUGGGAUGGGAUUGGGAUUGGUAUUGGGAUUGGCUGCGGGAUUGGGAUUGGGAUUGGGAUUGGGAUUGGCUGCGGGAUUGGGAUUGGGAUUGGGAUUGGGAUUGGGAUUGGGAUUGGCUGCGGGAUUGGGAUUGGGAUUGGGAUUGGCUGCGGGAUUGGGAUUGGGAUUGGGAUUGGGAUUGGGAUUGGCUGCGGGAUUGGGAUUGGGAUUGGGAUUGGCUGCGGGAUUGGGAUUGGGAUUGGGAUUGGCUGCGGGAUUGGGAUUGGGAUUGGCUGCGGGAUUGGGAUUGGGAUUGGCUGCGGGAUUGGGAUUGGGAUUGGGAUUGGGAUUGGGAUUGGGAUUGGGAUUGGGAUUGGGAUUGGGAUUGGGAUUGGGAUUGGCUGCGGGAUUGGGAUUGGGAUUGGGAUUGGGAUUGGGAUUGGCUGCGGGAUUGGGAUUGGGAUUGGCUGCGGGAUUGGGAUUGGGAUUGGGAUUGGGAUUGGGAUUGGGAUUGGGAUUGGGAUUGGGAUUGGGAUUGGGAUUGGGAUUGGGAUUGGGAUUGGCUGCGGGAUUGGGAUUGGGAUUGGGAUUGGGAUUGGCUGCGGGAUUGGGAUUGGGAUUGGGAUUGGCUGCGGGAUUGGGAUUGGGAUUAAGAUUGGGAUUGGCUGCGGGAUUGGGAUUGGGAUUGGGAUUGGGAUUAAGAUUGGCUGCGGGAUUGGGAUUGGGAUUGGCUGCGGGAUUGGGAUUGGGAUUGGGAUUGGGAUUGGGAUUGGGAUUGGCUGCGGGAUUGGGAUUGGGAUUGGGAUUGGGAUUGGCUGCGGGAUUGGGAUUGGGAUUGGGAUUGGGAUUGGCUGCGGGAUUGGGAUUGGGAUUGGGAUUGGGAUUGGCUGCGGGAUUGGGAUUGGGAUUGGGAUUGGGAUUGGGAUUGGGAUUGGGAUUGGGAUUGGCUGCGGGAUUGGGAUUGGGAUUGGGAUUGGGAUUGGGAUUGGGAUUGGGAUUGGGAUUGGGAUUGGGAUUGGCUGCGGGAUUGGGAUUGGGAUUGGGAUUGGGAUUGGCUGCGGGAUUGGGAUUGGGAUUGGCUGCGGGAUUGGGAUUGGGAUUGGGAUUGGGAUUGGGAUUGGGAUUGGGAUUGGGAUUGGGAUUGGCUGCGGGAUUGGGAUUGGGAUUGGGAUUGGGAUUGGGAUUGGGAUUGGCUGCGGGAUUGGGAUUGGGAUUGGGAUUGGAGUUGGCUGCGGGCUGGGAUUGGGAUUGGGAUUGGGAUUGGCUGCGGGAUUGGGAUUGGGAUUGGGAUUGGGAUUGGCUGCGGGAUUGGGAUUGGGAUUGGCUGCGGGAUUGGGAUUGGGAUUGGGAUUGGGAUUGGGAUUUGCGUUUGGGAUUGGGAUUGGGAUUGGGAUUGGGAUUGGGAUUGGGAUUGGGAUUGGCUGCGGGAUUGGGAUUGGGAUUGGGAUUGGGAUUGGCUGCGGGAUUGGGAUUGGGAUUGGGAUUGGGAUUGGGAUUGGGAUUGGCUGCGGGAUUGGGAUUGGGAUUGGGAUUGGCUGCGGGAUUGGGAUUGGGAUUGGGAUUGGGAUUGGGAUUGGGAUUGGCUGCGGGAUUGGGAUUGGGAUUGGGAUUGGCUGCGGGAUUGGGAUUGGGAUUGGGAUUGGGAUUGGCUGCGGGAUUGGGAUUGGGAUUGGCUGCGGGAUUGGGAUUGGGAUUGGCUGCGGGAUUGGGAUUGGGAUUGGGAUUGGGAUUGGGAUUGGGAUUGGGAUUGGGAUUGGGAUUGGGAUUGGGAUUGGGAUUGGCUGCGGGAUUGGGAUUGGGAUUGGGAUUGGGAUUGGGAUUGGGAUUGGCUGCGGGAUUGGGAUUGGGAUUGGCUGCGGGAUUGGGAUUGGGAUUGGGAUUGGGAUUGGGAUUGGGAUUGGGAUUGGGAUUGGGAUUGGGAUUGGGAUUGGGAUUGGGAUUGGGAUUGGCUGCGGGAUUGGGAUUGGGAUUGGGAUUGGGAUUGGCUGCGGGAUUGGGAUUGGGAUUGGGAUUGGCUGCGGGAUUGGGAUUGGGAUUAAGAUUGGGAUUGGCUGCGGGAUUGGGAUUGGGAUUGGGAUUAAGAUUGGCUGCGGGAUUGGGAUUGGGAUUGGCUGCGGGAUUGGGAUUGGGAUUGGGAUUGGGAUUGGGAUUGGGAUUGGCUGCGGGAUUGGGAUUGGGAUUGGGAUUGGGAUUGGCUGCGGGAUUGGGAUUGGGAUUGGGAUUGGGAUUGGCUGCGGGAUUGGGAUUGGGAUUGGGAUUGGGAUUGGCUGCGGGAUUGGGAUUGGGAUUGGGAUUGGGAUUGGGAUUGGGAUUGGGAUUGGGAUUGGGAUUGGCUGCGGGAUUGGGAUUGGGAUUGGGAUUGCGCGAUUGGGAUUGGGCUUGGGAUUGGGAUUGGGAUUGGGAUUGGCUGCGGGAUUGGGAUUGGGAUUGGGAUUGGGGCUUGGGAUUGGCUGCGGGAUUGGGAUUGGGAUUGGGAUUGGCUGCGGGAUUGGGAUUGGGAUUGGGAUUGGGAUUGGCUGCGGGAUUGGGAUUGGGAUUGGGAUUGGCUGCGGGAUUGGGAUUGGGAUUGGCUGCGGGAUUGGGAUUGGGAUUGGGAUUGGGAUUGGGAUUGGGAUUGGGAUUGGGAUUGGGAUUGGCUGCGGGAUUGGGAUUGGGAUUGGGAUUGGGAUUGGCUGCGGGAUUGGGAUUGGGAUUGGGAUUGGCUGCGGGAUUGGGAUUGGGAUUGGGAUUGGGAUUGGCUGCGGGAUUGGGAUUGGGAUUGGGAUUGGGAUUGGCUGCGGGAUUGGGAUUGGGAUUGGGAUUGGGAUUGGGAUUGGCUGCGGGAUUGGGAUUGGGAUUGGGAUUGGGAUUGGGAUUGGGAUUGGGAUUGGGAUUGGGAUUGGGAUUGGGAUUGGGAAUCGUAUUGGGAUUCGGAUUGGGAUUGGGAUUGGGAUUCGGAUUCGGAUUCGUAUUGGGAUUCGGAUUGGUGUGGUGGAUGUGCGGGUGAUGGGUGUGGUGGAUGUGAGGGGGUGA